AUGGCGACUGAGGUUGACUAUGAGGCUCUCCUGGCGAGGUUCGACGACCUGGUUGCUCGAAAAAUCAUAUACUAUUCCCCGCCAACAACAAUACGGCUGAAUGAUGCGGGCUUUCCUUUCGAGUUCUAUAUCAGUCCUUCACUCCGCACAAAGCCGGCUAAUAUUGGGGAGAAUUUCCACUCCAGUGAUAGUGCAUCACCCGAAGGCUUCGGAGCAGGCAGUGAUAUUGCCAACGCCGACCCAGGCUUGCUCAUUACAUCCAUUAACCAGACUCAUCUCCUCGUAAUCAACAAGUUUUCUGUUCUCCGGCCACAGUUGCUCUUGUUGACGUGCGACUCCUACCGGCGGCAGCAUGAAGCGCUCACCGUGGAAGACUUUGCAGCGAUUCAUAGCGUCCUGAGCUCGUCCAAAGAACGCCAUCUGGUUAUCUACAACUGUGGGCCGAUAGCAGGCGCAAGCAGGAACCAUAAACAUGUGCAGAUUUUGCCGCGCCCUGCCCAUCUGUUUCCCGACGACCCGAACUUUGACCCUGAGGUGAUUCCAUUUCAGUAUGGUCUGCGAUAUCUUCGGGAUCUGGACUUUGAAGAUCCGAACUACCCCUCAAAACUCUCGGAGAUCUACCAGGAACUGUUGGCAGAAGCGAAAAAAAGGCCUGGAAACUCACCCGACGCAAACAAUGGAGGGUACUUUCCACAUAACGUCGCGUUGGUCCGAGACUGGAUAAUUGUCAUCCCCAGGCGCAGUAACAACUUUGAGGACAUCACUGCCAAUGCGACGGGAAUGAUGGGCUCUGUCUGGCUAAAGAACGAAGACGAGUUGGAUCGCUGGAAACAGGUUGGACCAACCAAAGCUCUGGCUGGUUUGGGAUUUCCAAGAGAGACUGAGAAGAAGGGCUAG